AUGCCAUCUAACACGACAGUCGUCAUUGGCGCCAGCCGGGGGAUUGGCCUGGAACUAGCCAAGUUCCUCGCUCAGAACCCCGACAAUCGCGUCAUUGCAACCAUGCGGAAGCCAUUCAAUCUUGACCAACCCAACAUUGACGUCCUCGAGCUCGACCAGACCAGCCAGAGAUCCGUCGACAUUGCGGCCAAGAAGGUCGCGGAAGCUGAUAUCUUGAUCGUCAACGGCGCCAUUGGGGAGGACGAACUCCUAACGCAGAUCUCCUCGGACAGGCUCCUCCACUACCUCGACACCAACGUUGUUGGGCCCCAUCGAGUCAUCAACGCUUUCCUACCUGCACUACGAGUCCGCACGACGCGCAAAAUCAUCUACAUCUCUUCCACGGCGGCUUCGCUCACCGGACAAGUGGGCGAAAAUUGGGGCCUUCGUGGACCGUACGCGACCUCCAAGGCUGCUGGGAACAUGUUGACCAUCCAGUUCCACAACGAGCUUCAUGAGGAGGGAUUCACGUUUGUGGCCAUCCACCCGGGCUGGGUCGCUACGGAUAUGGGGAAUAUUGCUGGCCCGGGUGCAAUGCCGGUGACCGAAGCUGUGCAGAAGAUCAUGAAGAUCGUCAAUGGCUUGGAGAAGGCGGAUGGCGCUACGUUCUUCAACAUUGAUGGCACGAUUCUGCCGUGGUGA